AUUUCGCACGAAGUAAAGAGUCACGAACUGAAAAACUGAUCGAGAACCCAGCGAUGCACUCACAAAUGCGAAACGCCGAUUUCGAUAAACCCUACGGAUGUAUAAAAGCACUACGCGCCCAGGGGAACGCAUUCAGUUGUGCCAGUGACUUACUAUGUGUCAAUUUAGUCGACAAUUAGUUUUGCAAUUCAUAUUAUGUUUUGCAUUUGGCCAUAUUUAUGGGCAUCAAGUGUCCGGCCGUAUUGUUGGCGGAAGUGCGGUAAUACAUAAGAAAUAUCCUUAUUACGUGCGUCUGCACUAUUAUGGAAAGUUCAUUUGCGGCGGCUCGUUGGUGCGGAACAAUGCUGUACUCACGGCAGCACACUGUGUCAAGAGCAAAAAUAAGGAGGGGCUGAGCGUACACGCGGACACCAUUAAUUUUGGUGACACUGGAGUGGAGAGAAUGAUCAAGCACGCGCUAGUUCCAAAAGGAUACGUUGAAGAGACAAUACAUUAUGAUGUAGCGGUGUUGAUACUCUCUUCUGCUAUACCGAGAGCAAAUUUAUCGGUGAUACCAUUGUAUAAGAGCGCGGUGGCUGUUGGUACGAAUUGCCUGGUUAUUGGUCAUGGGGACACCGAAGAAGACGGCGUCGUCUCACGACAAUUGCGAGAGAUCCAUGUACCUGUCGUGAGUCGGAAAGAUUGUCAGCGCAAAUAUCGCGGUACCGGCGCUAUUACACAAUAUAUGAUGUGCGCUUCGGAACCGGGCAAAAAGGAUUCGUGUCCGGGUGAUUCUGGCGGUCCGAUGAUAUGCAAUGGUAAACAGGCUGGCAUUGUUUCGUGGGGUGAGGGUUGUGGGCGUGUCGAAUAUCCGGGCGUUUACACAGACAUAAGCAAGGUGUAUGGUUUCAUUGAAUAUGCUCUUAUGAUUGAAAAUAUUGUAUUUAUUUAAAUGUAGUAAUCAUUAAUACUAUACAAUAAUCUAUAUGUUAUACAUAUGUAUGCAUUAUAAAU